CAACCAACGGACACAAUUUACCAACCAGGAACUGGCCUGUGACUGGCACGCAAAGCGGUCAGUUCUCUGGUGAAGAGCUGGACAGAAGCGCUUUCAUUACAUCUUAAAUGAUAUAAUUAUCGCAUGGUUAUGUCUUUAUAACGUUGUCGGUAAACGUGUUGCCGUCUUGGUCAUUAUUUUCUGUCGGCAUGAAUCUCGGAGACGGCCUGCUGUUUGAACUUGAAAAUGGAAAACCCAAGUUGAUUUUACUCACUCAUGCCGUUGAGAAGAAUCCAGCAAAGCAGCUGUCCUGCAGGCCCAGAGCGGCUAGCGUCCUGAGCUCCAGGCAGCCGUCCUGUGUGGAGGAGGCGCGUGGAGAGGAGCGUCCAGCCCGGCAGCCGGCGGGGAGGCACAGAGAAACCAAGAGCAAGGCAGGAGGAGCAGCCGCCUCCUUCACCACCAACCCCUCCACCACCGGGGGGGGGAGCACCUCUCUGACAGCAUCCAAGACACAUGAGCUCAACAGAGGGGGCAGCGUCAAAGCUGUGGCCAAGGUGAAGUCAGACAGAUACAAACACAGCACUACUGUUGGCUCCCUGAGAACCAAUGGGAAAACAGGACAGCCUCAGAACGGUAGGACACGAGCCAGUGGAAAGGUGGGACUAAAAGACACGCUGGCCAAUGGGGAUGCAGGACUGAAGGACAGCGUGGUGUGUCUGACCAAUGAGCAGCUACAGCAGAUCCUUCACACAGUCCAGACCUCGAGCAAUGGCCAGCACCCCCCAGACGACCACAAGACCCAGGGCAGAGGAAAUCAAACCGACUCAAAAUCUGUCUCCUCAAUGAAUGGAGGAGGAGGAGGAGGAGAGAUGGAGGAGGAGGAAGACAGAGGAGAAGGAAAAGAUACAACUGGAAGAUCACAGAGAAAAGACAGCAGGUUGUCUGGAUGUCCGUUCAGCUGGCUGGAGGAGCGACAGUCAGACAACAGAGCAGCCAUCGAAGCCAAGAAGGCUCAGUGGAGGAGAGAACUAGAUGAACAAGUGGCCCUGAAGCAGCAGCAGCAGCGUUCGGCUCCCGGCAGACUCCAGGCUGAGGAGGACACAGAGAGCAUGGUCUCAGUUCAGAGCUCCGUCAGCUACAGAGAUCAGCCUGCAGCCAUCAGAUCCAGCCUCAGACUCGGGGAGGUGACCCCGAUGGAGGAGGUGCUGACUGUCGAGAGGAGAGAGGAGCAGAGGAGACGCUGGCUGGAGGAGCUGGACCGACAGAGAGAGGAGACGAGUGAACGCAGGAGACGAGAGAAACUGCUGCAGAACCAGAAAGAGGACCAUGAGCUCUGGGCUACACACUUUGACUCGCUGCAGAGACGGCCUCCUGUCCAGACUGCAGCUCCGUCAGCUCCGUCAGCUCCACCUCCAGCCCCGUCCAAUGGCUCUGAGCGAGGGGAGUGGGAGCCCUCGUCCAGCCUGUCCCUGGUCUGGGAGGCCACGAGCAGCUGUGGAGCAGAGAGUGUAGGCGGAGCCAGCAUAGAUACGACCAGUGGAUACCCAACCAGAGCCAGCUAUCUGAGGACCAUGACCGCCCUGCUGGACCCCGCCCAGAUAGAAGAGAGAGAGAGGAGGAGGCUCAAACAGCUGGAGCAGCAGCAAGCGAUCGAGGCACAGGUGGAGGAGCGUCGGCAGCAGAGGGAGCGAGAGGAGGCGAGGAGGAGAGCGGAGGAGGAAGAGGAAGAGAGGAGGGUGGUGCUGGAGAGGGAGAUGCUGGAGAGACGGUACGACCUGGACACACGGAGGGAGAAGCAGAAGUCGAGCCACCUGGAAGAUGACGUCCAGAGACAGCAGGAGACGCUGGAGCCCAGCAUUACCAGGCAGGGUGAGUGUUUGGAGGAGGUGGAGGAGGAGGAGGAGGAGGAGGAGGAGGAGGAGGAAGUCAACAGUUCAGCCUUCCUAUACAAAGACUCUGCUGUACAGACAGAAGCAGCUCCCUCUCUCCUGCUCAGAUCAGACAGAGUUCAGACUCCGGACGUCUCUGCACAGUACCAGCCACCUCCUUCUCUGUCUGCUGCUCCUCCAGACAGCAGGAACCAAGCGGUGAGAGCAGGCAAGGAGAACAUCUGUCUGCUAGGAGGAGGAGGAGGAGGAGGAAGAGGACGAGGAGGACGAGGAGGAGACCCAUAUGAGUCAUUCGCCAGGACAGAGGGGAGCAGGAGAGACAAGAGGAGGCCGGAGUGGAACACACAGAGGCCCAGCCGUCAGUUCGUUCCAGCCUCGGAGCGUUACCCAGCCUCUCUGCAGAGGAACAGACAGGAGAGUCGACAGAGGAGGCAGGCCGAGCUCCUCGCUCUGCAGGAGAGGGCCUGUCUGUCCAGGACCGACCCUCCUCCUCCUGCUCCUCCUCCUCAGCGCCAGGAGCCUGGUCUCUGCUCCAACCCCUCACAGACCAGAACCAGUCCCACCAGGAGGGUGGAGAGGGUUUCCAGAGGAAACGGCAUCUCUGCAGCCAUCAACACUGAAAGGGGGCGCUCUCCUCCCAUCCCUGCGGUCAGACACAGAGCUCAGAGUCAGCAGGCCCCGCCCUCCCCCACCCCCCCAGGCCUGGAGUUCGUCCCUUACGUCCGCACUGAUGAAGUCUUCAACCUGGAUCCACUGGAGCCUGCUGACACCCCCCCACCGCACACACACACAGAACAUCGUCCUCAGAGAGCAGCAUCUCCUCCUGCUCCCACUCACCGCCUCCUCCAGCCUGGACACAACACACACACACACACACACACACACCGCCAGCAGGAGAUCCUCAGAGGCCUGGCCCAGCUACGGCAGGGUCUGUUACAGAAGCAGAGGGAGUUGGAGACGGAUCUGAAUCCUCUACUGAAGCGCCAUGACAACGAGCACCGGCCGCACUUGGCAACGCACCGCAUGUGACCUUUGACCCCUAGACGUGUGUGGGAGUGUGUGUG